AAGCGGUCCGUCUGCUUCAGGCAGGGUCUCAGAUCCGAGUCCCUCUUUUACCCCUUUUCCCCCCGAUUUGAACUUUUCCCACGUCUGCUGAUAUCGCACAUUUCCUUGGGAAUAGAGAAGCGUCCGUCAAAUCAUUUUUUCCCCUCAACUCUGGGUGUUUCAGAUCAGAUUUAAAGGGCCACCCCAUUGGGGUGUGUUUGAAUCGUCGGUAGAUCUUGGAGUUCCUCUUUUUUCGGACCCUGCGAUGGAAUGACUGGCUGUAAACCAUGAACAAAAUGGAGAACAGGGCUCUGGCGAACUGUUUUGAAGAAAAACUGACGCUGUCAGAAAAAGCUCUCACAUCUCCUCCAGGGACCGGUGACACGGUUCAGAAAGACAAUGAAAUGGACAGCGAGAUCCUCAAAGCUGAUGACACGACCAUCACAGACUCCUCCCUCAUUACAGACCCGCCCUCAAAAACAGAGCCAAUCAAAUCUGACCCGAGACCCAAUACCCCUGGAGGCACUUCCCCCUCACCAUCAAAAAAAGAUGGGAUAAGUUCAGAGCAGCGUCAGAAACAGGCCAAACAGAGACGAGAGGAGAGAGCCAAAUAUCUGGACCAGAGAACGCAGGAGCAAGCGACGAAGAAAGCUCAGUGGUUGGAAAAGGAAGAAAAAGCUCGACGUCUGCGUGAAAGUCAGCUGGAGGAGCGCCGGAGGAAGCUGGAGGAACAGCGGCUGAAGGCGGAGAAACGGAGAGCCCUGCUGGAGGAGAAACAGAGACAGAAACUGGAGAAGAACAAGGAGAGAUAUAAUUCCGCCAUCAAGAGGUCAACCAAAAAAACCUGGGCGGAGAUCCGUCAGCAGAGGUGGUCCUGGGCCGGCGGGUUAAACCAGACCUCACGCAGAGAAAGCAGAUGCUCGGCCUCCACGGUCAACCUGCCGCGGCAGACGGAGUCUGUCAUUAGCAACAGGCUGUCCAAGUCCUCGGCCACGCUGUGGAACUCACCUUGCAGAACCCGCAGUUUACGCCUGAGCCCGUGGGAGAGUCGUAUCGUGGAGAGGUUGAUGACGCCCACUCUUUCGUUUCUGGCUCGGAGUCGGAGCGUGGCCACUCUUCAGAGCAGCAGCGACCCCAAUCAGUGUUCCCGCUCGGCAUCGGCGUCUCGUCUGAGCGCCUGCUCUCAUAAUCAUCCUCACCAGCACAACACUGAACGCUGGAGAGUUUCAGCCAGCACGCCUGACAUCACACAACGCCAAUCCAGACGCAACUCAGCACAGCUUGAGAAGAAGAAGAAAGAAAAGAAAGACAAAGAAAGAGAGAAUCUUAAAGAGAAGAGUGCUUUAACUAAAGAGAAGGUGCAGAAGAAGAGACAGUCUCAAUCCAUCACUAGAACGACACCAACAACAACAACAACAACAAAAGCCAGCUCAAAUACGAAAGCUAAGAACAGACCGUCAUCACCUGCCGCGUCCAGGAGUCGCCCUCUCUCACCCAACCCCGCACCCAAAACGCCCUCGUCUUCUGGCCGGACCCCUCCUGGCACCAAGACCCGGCCUAAGAGAGCUCAGACCCCUGCUCGCGUACAGCCCCCUGCAGUCGCUGCCGUCGCCGUGGAAACAAAGGAGCCCGGUCAGGCUAAUACCCCUAAGGAUACAAAGAGCCCCGAUGUGCCUGACAUCACCGUCUCCUCCGCUCCGGACACGCCCUCCACUGCCAAUCCACCAAUCACAGCAGCUCCUCAAACACCAGAGGUGACCAAUGCAUCUUCACGUUCCCUCUCUCCCGAACCCAGCCCGUCGGUUGCCAAGACGACAGCCGGUACCAACGACCCGGAGGAGGCGGCCCGAGUUCUGGCAGAGAAGAGGCGUCAGGCCCGUGAGCAGAGAGAGCGAGAGGAGGAGGAGAGAAGAGAACAGGAGGAGAAGAGCAGGGUGCUGCGCGAGGAGCACGGCAGACGUGAGGAGGAGGAGAGGAGGCGCAGGGACGAGGAGGCACGAUUUAUGGCCGAGCAGCAGCGUCUGCAGGAGGAGAGGGAGGCGGAGGAGAAGGCACGAGCCGAGCAGGAGGAAAACCUGCGUCUGCAGAGACAGAGAGAGGAGGCCGAAUGUAAAGCACGUGAAGAAGCAGAAAAACAGAGAAUAGAGCGCGAGAAACAUUUCCAAAAGGAGGAACAGGAACGGCUGGAGAGAAAGAAGCGCCUGGAAGAAAUCAUGAAGAGGACACGUAAGAGUGACGCAGGUGGACAGAAAGAUGUGAAGUCACCGGUCCAGGUCAACGGCAAAGUGUCUGACAGCGUAAUCCAGAAAAAUCCUUCCGAAACUCUCCAUAGUGCUGCGGCAAAUUGUAACCAAUCACAGGGAGACUUAAAAACAAGCUCCAGGGACUCCGCCCCUGUGAUAAAUGGUGUCCAGCCAGGCAAACAUCAUAAUGGAUUGUCAACCAAUGGGGACGCAGCAGAGUUUGAGGAGAUAAUCAAGCUCUCCAAUCACAGUGGCAGUAGUAACCACGGGCAGAGCCAACCUAAAGACCCAAUCAUAGCUUUUGAUGGAGGAGAACAAUUUAUGAUGAAAACGGGGCCUAUUAAACCACAACAUGUGGCAGAGGUUCUGUGAGAGCGUGAAUCCGUCUGAGGAGACGAGAGAGGAGAAGCCUUACAUUAGCGCUGAAGAAGAGCAUCUGCUUCCACCUGUCACGUGUGCCAAACCAACAGACAAAAAAAACAAUGCGCAACGCUAUAUAGACAUUUCUGCGGGAGCACUUUGAGGAAGUGAAGCGAGGGGAGGGAUCCGAAAAACCUGAACACUUAUAUACAUAUAAACCGUUUGCAUAAGGUCUCUGUCUAUUUCACUGUGUGUCAUGGUGCAACAUUGUUGAGUUUCUUUAAAAAGUCACCUUAAAAGAGUCUAUAAAUAAUGAGUUUUAGCAAAAGAUAAAACUUGGAAAUUGACUAUCAUUAUGAUAUUGAUUAUUGUCGUUGUUGUUGUUAUGACGUAUUGUUGUUGUUCUUUUAAGUAGAAAAGGUGUGUCUUGAAUUAUUGCGUUAUUUAACGUGUGGAGCGUCGGGAGAGGGUGAUAUACUGUAUGUUAAUGUAUAUUUGCCUGAAUAUGACAGACCUGUGGAAUAAAUCUUUAUGAAAGUG